UAUAAACGCUAUCACCCGGCCCUUACUCUUCUCUGUAGAAAUCGGUCGAUGAAAUGGACUGAACAGUAUCUACCGAAAACCCAAAGACAGUACACAAAACUGUAUGAAUUUGAAAGACAUUACAGAAAAUACUCACGAAAAAAGACUAUACUGGACACUGGAAGAGAAUGGGUGAGACGCAACUGUUCGAAACAAUGCUUGAAGAAAUCUGUGUUGAACAACUUCCCGUUCAUAAAGAUAAUGAGAGAUUACGCCCCUUUAAGAGAUCUACCUAGUGACAUCAUCGCUGGAUUUACCGUCGGCAUCAUGCAGAUACCACAAGGAAUGGCGUACGCUACCCUGGCGACUCUUCCUCCAAUCUGCGGUCUCUACACGAGUCUGUUCGCUCCGUUAAUUUACUUCUUUCUGGGAUCGUCAAAACACGCGUCCAUGGGAACUAUAGCCGUUGUCAGUUUGAUGUUUGCAUCCGUUUUGGAUUCAACUUUAGACGAAACUUUGCUGACAGAAACCCACAAAAAUUCUACACAGACUGGUUUUUCGGAGCUGGACUUGAAGAAAAUCGAACUUGUAACUGCGCUGACACUGGUGUCGGGUCUAAUAAUGAUGGUUCUGGGCAAGCUGGGGAUGGGCAUCGUGACGACGUACAUGUCGGAGUACCUCAUCAGUGGCUUCACGAGCGGCGUGGCCAUCCACGUGCUCACCAGUCAGGCAAAGAUCCUGCUUGGACUCCACAUCGACAGGUUCAACGGCAUCUUCAAAGUGGCCAAGACAUGGAUAGCCAUUUUCAAACACAUCACUUCAGUAAACUGGGCUCCUGUGGUUGUUUCUCUCAUCAGCAUGGUGGUCAUUUACAUCGUCAAGGUGUGCGUUAACAUCCGGUUUCAGGCGAGGCUGCGAAUACCAAUCCCCAUUGAACUUAUUGUGGUGAUCUUAGGUACUGUUGCGUCUUACUAUGGGCACUUCCACGAUAACUACAACAUGUUAAUUGUGGGUGAAAUUCCAGCGGGAAUUCCAAACCCCAAAAUUCCUGACGUAGGCUUGGUAACGUCAUCACUCAUGAUUAACGCCUUUAUCAUCGGGGUCCUUGCGUUUGCGCAGUCCGUGUCCAUGGCGAAGACGUUGGCCCUAAAGAACGACUACAGUGUUAAUGCUAACCAGGAGAUGUUUGCUUAUGGAGCGGGUAGUGUCCUGUCUUCCAUAUUUUCAGGCUACAUAACCGCAGCAUCAGUAGCACGAAGUGCUAUUCAAGACGGAGCUGGAGGCAAGACUCAGGUGGCUGCCCUGUCUUCGUGUUGUAUCGUCUUGGUGGUCGUUCUGGCCGUAGGUCCACUCUUCUACGCUCUACCACAGUGUGUCUUGGCUUCGGUAAUAAUCGUCAAUCUUCGUGGGAUGUUUCGGCAGUUUCUUCAGUUGAAACCGUUGUGGCAAAACGCAAAAUACGACUUUAGUAUCUGGGUGGUGACGUUCCUGUGCACGGUUGUGCUGGACGCGGAUAUCGGACUGUUGAUUGGGAUCGUCUACUCAGUCUUCUCUGUCGUCAUCAGAACACAGAGGUCAUCUUUCGUUAAAGUUGGUUCUGUGUCAAAUUCCUGCCAAUACAGAUCAGUAAAACUUUACGACAAUGUACAGACACAGGCUGGCACGGUGAUGCUGACUUUCAACUCUCCCAUCUACUUUGCGAAUGCUGAGAUGUUCAAAGAUCGCUGUUACAAAGUUAGUGGAAUAAACCCGAGAAAACUGAAACGAAACAAGAAAAAGAUGGAGUUAGUCGUAACUUCUGGCAGUGCUGCAGAUGGAAGCAAAGAUCAAGAUGCCAACUGUAACGGAUCCAUUGUGAUAACAAAUGACAGUGACACUAAUCACGUGAUCAUCAUCAUGGAUAAUAUGCCUUUUGUCGACACAAUGGGAAUCAAAGUUAUCAAGCAGGUUGUUGCUGAUUUGAACUCAGUUGGUAUUCGAGUAUCCUUGGUAGGCUUUUCAGAAUCUGUCCUAGAUAUUCUGAAGUCCUAUGGUCUCCUAGAGUCUAUGCAAGACAUCAUUUUCCUGAGUGUUUCUGGAGCGUUAUACACCAGUCACGACACGGAAGUUUGACUCUAUCUCCGCUGAGCAGCCAUAAUCUGCAGGUGUAGCAGUAUGAUUAAGUCAAGGAAGCACAAAGAAACACACGUGUUGAACACCAUCUUAGUACACUGGUCAAUCAGUGGCUAGGAACAUUGAUGUCUUCGAGUUUUGUAUAAUUAACGUUUUUUCAACUAGUCACUAUUAAAAAUACCAACAAGCAUACGAAAAAAA